AUGGCGGCGCCCGACGCGAACACACGGCGAGACGCAAAGGACGAGGACCGGAGAGCAAUAAACAGAGUCAGUGCUACAGCAGCACUGCAGGCGAUACUGGGAUUGCUUGGGGAUCCCAAGCUUGAUUGUGGUCAGACUGUGUUCUCACACUCCUCCCUGUGUUUCUCUUCCUUCAGAGAAGCAGAGUCUUUCAAGGAACAAGGAAAUGCGUACUAUGCCAAGAAAGAUUACAACGAAGCAUACAACUAUUACACGAAAGCCAUAGAUACCUGUCCUAACAAUGCCAGUUAUUAUGGUAACAGAGCUGCCACCCUCAUGAUGCUGGGGAGAUUCCGAGAAGCACUUGGAGAUGCUCAGCAGUCUGUCAGAUUGGAUGACAGCUUUGUAAGGGGCCAUCUACGGGAAGGGAAGUGCCAUCUCUCCCUCGGGAAUGCCAUGGCUGCCAGCCGCUGCUUUCAGCGUGUUUUAGAACUGGAUCAUAAGAACACUCAGGCACAGCAAGAGCUAAAGAAUGCCAGUACGGUGCUGGAGUAUGAAAAGAUAGCAGAAGUGGAUUUCGAGAAGCGAGAUUUCAGGAAGGUUGUAUUUUGCAUGGAUCGUGCUCUGGAAUUUGCUCCUGCUUGUCACAGAUUCAAAAUCCUCAAGGCCGAAUGUUUAGCAUUGCUGGGUCGUUACCCAGAAGCACAGUCUGUAGCAAGUGACAUCUUACGAAUGGACUCAACAAACGCAGACGCUCUGUAUGUCCGUGGUCUCUGCCUUUAUUAUGAAGACUGUAUUGAGAAGGCAGUGCAGUUCUUUGUCCAGGCACUCAGAAUGGCUCCUGACCACGAGAAAGCAUGUUUAGCCUGCCGUAAUGCCAAAGCACUUAAAGCAAAGAAGGAAGAUGGGAAUAAAGCAUUUAAAGAAGGAAACUACAAACUAGCUUAUGAACUGUACACAGAAGCACUAGGAAUAGAUCCUAAUAACAUAAAAACAAAUGCCAAACUCUACUGCAACCGAGGGACGGUUAAUUCAAAGCUUAGGAAACUUGAAGAAGCAAUAGAUGACUGCACGAAUGCAGUAAAACUGGAUGAGACGUAUAUUAAGGCGUACUUGAGGAGAGCACAGUGUUACAUGGACACAGAGCAAUAUGAAGAUGCUGUAAGAGACUAUGAAAAAGUUUAUCAGACAGAAAAAACAAAAGAACACAAACAACUUCUAAAGAAUGCACAGAUGGAACUGAAAAAAAGCAAACGGAAAGACUACUACAAAAUCCUCGGGGUCGACAAAAAUGCCUCUGAAGAUGAGAUCAAGAAGGCCUACAGGAAAAGAGCACUGAUGCAUCACCCAGACCGACACAGUGGGGCGAGUGCAGAAGUACAGAAAGAAGAGGAGAAGAAGUUUAAGGAGGUUGGUGAAGCCUUUACCAUCUUGUCAGAUCCCAAGAAGAAGGCUCGCUAUGACAGCGGACAGGAUCUAGAAGAAGAUGGGCUGAACAUGGGAGACUUCGAUGCAAAUAAUAUAUUUAAGGCCUUCUUUGGUGGGCCGGGAGGCUUCAGUUUUGAAGCUUCUGGGCCUGGGAAUUUCUUUUUCCAGUUUGGCUAAAACACCCAAACCUGCUCUGCUGCUUUUAGCCUUCAACACGGACAUACUUAGACUCCUUCCUCCAUCAUGUCUCAUUGUACUUAGAGCAGUUUCAUUUCUCUCAGUUGGAGACCUCAGUUUGUGUGCGUUUGUGUGUGAAGAGGAAACCAGCUCGGGGAAGGGAAGGCUUGUGGAUUUUGUUUUACUGUUAACUUUAUUAAAAAAGAAAAUAAUAAAGCUUUGAAUCUGUUGGUCCCUC